AUGCUCUCAAAGGAAGUACCUUCAGCUCGCACUCCCACAUUUGAUGAUAUUGCUGUUGAAAACCGUAAACGUCUGGAAUUGAUGGGUAUUGUGCCAAGUAACAAGGCAGUAGUGCACUCAUUAAUGCAAAUGAUGUCGUGUAUGGGGGAGUUGUCUCAUCUUGCGUACAAUAAUGAGGCCUCACUGUCACCGUUUGAGCACAGUGAAGUUCGGGCUGUGAUUGGAAAGAUGGCUGUCUGUUUGGCCACUAUGGGCGAGGCGUUUGAUAUCAAUGUAGGUCAUGCCGCAAUGGAAUCUAUGGUGAAACAGCCCCAGAAAACAACAGAAACUACAUCGUCAAGGUUUCCCAGAAGUGAAGAAAAGAAGUCAGCACCUAUAAGAGUUACAGGAGUUGGUAAUGGUAAUGAAUACAAGGAGCCUAAUAUUCUACUCUCUCCAACGUCCAACAGAGAAUUCUUUGGUUAUCUUGAUGAGUUAAUUACCUACAAUAAGAACGAUUUUGAAAACGCUGAUUUAAAAUGGGUGGCACCACUACCAGAUGGAACAAUUCAAGAAUUAAUCGAAAACGGUUCCACGAUCAACGUACAAUAUGAGGAUCUGCCAAAGUAUUUGGAUUGUGUUAAGCAAUACCGCAAUGCUCGUGGAAAUGAAAAUUUCACAAACAAACGUGGGCAAGAUAAUCAAGCAAAUUUUUCAACAACACAAUCAAUCAGAAGUGCGGCAAUUUCAACUGCAAUUAAUAAUCAGUUACAGAACAAAGAACAGUCUCUAUUUUCCCCAAACAAUCUUGAGAGUGGCUUACUAAGUCCCAACAAUAAUAAUAAUAAUAAUCAAGCGUUUACUAUGACCUCUGAUGUAUCAGUGCCGAAAGUAAACCACACUCCCAUUCCAUCCACUGUUGACUUUGCUGCAGGUACUUCGGUAAGUGAUUUCUACGCCAAGGUGGAUGCGCUAAAACAUGGCAACGUUACGGGACCACAAAUUGCGCAACUCAAUUUAACUUUUAGUUUGCCCCGUAAUGGAAAACUUGUAGAACUUAUCCCUAACGGUAUCCAUGUGCGUGUUACAUCAGCUAAUGUUGCGGAGUUCCUUCGACUUCUUGAGGACAAGUCGGCUAUUCUCAAUGGCAAGGUUCGUCGAUUGGAAAGCAUAAAACGACUUGAGGUUACAGGGGCAGGCCCUCAAGAUCUUUCGAGGGAGAAGGAUAAAUUUUCUCCUACUCAUUUCUCAAAGGAUAUUUUUUCUCCCUACGAGGAACGUACAACCUUUUUAGUCGAUUGUGAUGCAUCUGAAGAGAUAUUACCUGCUUUCAUUAAGGAGCGGGAACAGCAGAAGCAGCGAAAAAUAGAGAGCAUUUAUGUACGUGUUGUCCGGCAAGGUGACGUUAAGAGUUGGAGAGCCAUCAUUGAACGUGUCCUGUCCGAUUCUUCGGCGUUAAAAGAAUAUGGGGUGACAUUCUGUGUCCCUGCUGCGGUUGCGCCAGACACAACAGAGGAAGAACAGUUAACAGGAAUUCAUGAAUUAAUGAGAAACGGCACCACAACCCUUGUAGAAGAUAGUCAAUUAUGGCAUUUUUCUAGGAUGAUCGAGCCGUACUACCAUCCAUCUGUUUAA